CACAAAGGUGACAAGGCCGGGCCAUACAGGGUGUACUACCAAGGUGAAUGGUUUGAAAUGUUUACAAGGAAGAAUAUACGUGUACAAUGGGUACAAUCAGUAUCAUUUGCUAUCUCAGGCUUGCUUUCAAAGUAUAUGCCAACAGCAACUCCCCGUGCAUUCCCAGGUACUCGUUGUCGAAUGUGCUUCGGUAUUUGUUUUACCUUGAAAAGAUCCCUUGACUCUCCCGUUCUGUGUUAUCAGAGCUCGGUGGUUGUAUAGUCAUGUCGAGAAUAAUUCGUUACAGGUUUUUGCAGGGAUUCCUCAAGCCUCGUCUUCCAAUCGGUCUGAAAUCUCAGCCGAUCACGGGUAUAUUGUCUCAUGGAUCACCAAGUUGUUGUAAUCCCUACAGCUUACGGACAAAGUACACAUCUAGUUAUGCCCAAGGCCGUGAUCUUUUCCCAAAUUCACCAGUCCUCGUCGGCAAAACCUUAGGCAAGGUCCUCGAUGAGGUUACGAAUGAACAUCCCGAUCGAGAGUUCGUUGUGUUUCGUGAAGAUGGAAUCAGAAAGACUUACUAUCAAUUCCAACAAGAGGUUGAUCGCCUUGCAGCCGGGUUAGCAUCAAUCGGGGCGAAGAGGGGAGAUCGCAUCGGUAUCUGGGGACCAAACUCUCUAGAAUGGACACUCACCCUGUUUGCAUGUGCCCGUUUAGGCGCCAUCUUGGUCAACCUGAGCCCAGCUUAUCUUGAGACAGAGAUCGAGUAUGCAUUGAACAAGGCUCAUGUGAAGCUGUUGAUAGCAUCUAAACCAUUCAAGACACAAAGGUAUUAUGAUAUUAUCUCAAACAUCUGUCCCGAGCUCGAGAAAGCAACACCUGGUCAUCUCAGCAGUAAACGACUCCCAGAUUUGGAAUCCCUGAUCAUGAUGGGUAACGAUGAACAUCCGGGUUCCUUCACAUUUAGUGACGUCAUUGACAUGGGAAGGCAAGAACAUUUUGACACCGUUGAAAAGGAACAGAAACAUCUACAGUUUGACGACAUCUUUAACAUCCAGUUUACCUCAGGUACUACUGGUUCACCUAAGGCAACGUGUCUCACUCAUUAUCAUAUCGUCAAUAACUUGGUGAUCGUAGAAGAUGUCAUCAAAGACAGUGCAGUCGAAUCGGCAGCAUGUCUUAAUUUACCUCUGUUUCAUAUUGGCGGUAUGUCUGGUCUUCUCCUUGGGUUGAUCAACAAGAGUAAGACCAUCUUUCCUUCUGCUGCAUUCGAUGCGAUCACCUGUUUACGAGCACUGGAGGAAGAGAGAUGCACAGAUGUAUAUGCAGUUCCCACAAUGGUAAUCGAUAUCGUGAAUCACCCUGAGCUGUCGACCUUUGACCUAAGUUCUCUCAUGUAUCUGACAUCCGGCGGAAGUGCCAUGCCUUCACAAGUGCGCAAGGAUGCAGAAGAAAAAUUAAAAGUUCAGGCCACGGUUUUAUAUGGUAUGACAGAACUCGCUCUUGGUGCUACGGUGUCACUGAAUACUGACCCUGUGGAACAAAGGGCUAAAUCGGCAGGUCGUGUGCUCCCAUGGAUGGAGGCCAAGAUCACGAAUCCGUCAACGAACGAGAUCGUGGAUGUGAACACUCCCGGUGAGCUAUGUAUUCGAAGUCCUUGUGUGAUGUCGGGUUAUUACGACGACGAUGAGAAAACUAAAGAAACCAUCGAUCAUGCAAGAUGGCUUCAUUCAGGAGAUCUGGCUUCUAUGGAUGAGGAUGGGUAUAUUGAGAUCAUUGGUCGUACCAAGGAUAUGGUGAUUCGAGGAGGAGAGAAUAUAUUCCCAGCUCAGAUAGAGGCAUUGCUGCAUGAAUACCCAAAGAUUGAAGACGUUCAGGUGGUUGGUGUUCCCGACCCGAGAAUGAUUGAAGAACUAUGUGCGUGCGUCAAACUGAAAGCCGGAGAAACAUCAUCCGAAAAUGAAAUAAAAAGCUUCUGCAAAGGAAAGAUUUCCUAUUUCAUGGUCCCACGCUAUGUUCAGUUUGUCGACUCCUAUCCACUCACACCAAGUGGAAAGGUUCAAAAGUUUAAGCUGAGAGAGGACAUCAUCAAAGUGAUGAGAGAAGAAGGGAAAUUGCAGGAUUAAUAUUUCACUGAUUUUAAAUGACUUUUAACAGCAUAUAUAUAUAUGUACUUUCCAUGUUGGCAGGGAGAUGGUCAAAAAGGCCCUAAUUUCGAGUAACUGAAGGUAUUUGUAAAAUUAGCGCAUCUUAAACAUAUAGGCCUAUAGUCUCAUUAUAAUUCCAAGGUUAUAUUUAUCUUCAUCUUUUAAUUAUACAGGUAUAUACCAGCUUAUAGGCCUACAUAG